AGAGUGAUACGCAAAGCAGCAGCUUCCUACUGGUUGACGUGGUUUGUUUAUAAUGGCAGAUGUCAAAGUGGACAUUUCGUCUGACAGUUCAAGUCUUAUCCCCAGUAGUGGCAAUGUCUCCUCGCAACCUAAUAAUCCUCUGUCCAGAAAGCUUCAUAAGAUUUUGGAAACCAGACUGGAUAAUGACAAGGAGAUGCUGGAGGCGCUGAAGUCCCUCUCGGGUUUCUUCACCGAGAACAGCCUGCGCACACGGCGAAACCUGCGCGGCGACAUCGAGAAAAGAAGUUUAGCCAUAAAUGAAGAAUUCGUGCGGAUAUUUAAAGAUGUGAAGGAGGACCUUGAGAGUAUUCAUGGAGAUGUUCAAGCCAUGAGCUCAUGUUGUGGAGAAAUGACCAACAGGCUAAAGGCAGCCAAAGAACAAACCCAGGACCUGAUUUUGAAAACCAACAAACUUCAAGGAGAAAAUCAUCGUCUGGAGGUUCGGACACAGGUUGCCCAGGCCUUUCUCUCUAAGUUCCAGCUGUCCAGUGAGGAACUGUCCAUCCUACGUUGUUCUCGGGAUGGUCCCAUCAAUGAGGAUUUCUUUAAAGCCUUGAAUCGGGUGAAGAACAUUCAUGAAGAUGUGAAGGUCCUGCUGAGAACUAAUCAACAAACCGCAGGACUGGAGAUCAUGGAGCAAAUGGCUGUGUUACAGGAGGCGUCAUAUGAGCAGCUGUACCGCUGGGCACAGAAUGAGUGUCGGGGUUUGACGCAGGAGACUUGUGAUGUUCCCCCAGUGUUGAGUCAUGCUAUGGAGGCUCUGCAAGACCGGCCUGUUCUUUAUAAAUACACGUUGGAUGAGUUUGGCACAGCGAGGCGGAGUGCGGUCGUGCGAGGUUUCAUCGACGCGCUGACCCGAGGGGGUCCCGGAGGCACCCCCAGACCUAUCGAGAUGCAUUCACACGACCCGCUGAGGUAUGUGGGUGACAUGCUGGCAUGGUUACACCAAGCUACCGCUUCAGAGAAGGAGCAUCUGGAAGCACUCCUCAAACAGGUGACAAUGCCAGGCGUGGAGAACUGCCUGCAGGACGUCGUUGGCCACAUAACAGAAGGUGUGUGCAGACCACUAAAGGUGCGUAUCGAGCAGGUGAUCAUUGCAGAGCCAGGUGCUGUGCUGCUCUACAAAAUCUCCAACCUGCUCAAGUUCUACCACCACACCAUCAGCGGCAUCACUGGCACCAGCGCUGCAGCUCUGUUGAUGACGAUGGAGGAGGCUCACGUCCUCAGCAAGAAAACAUUCUUCAACAGUCUCAGUCUCCAUGCCACGCGCCUCAUGGACAAGGUGGAACUGCCCCCUCCUGACCUGGGUCCCACGACCUCGCUCUCCCAGACCCUCGCUCUCCUCAGGGAGGUGCUUGCCUCCCACGACUCCUCUGUGCUCCCACUGGAUGCUCGCCAGGCUGACUUUGCUCAGGUGCUGUCAUGUGUCCUGGACCCACUGCUGCAGAUCUGCACGGUGUCCGCCAGUAACCUGGGCACUGCAGACAUGGCCACCUAUAUGGUGAACUCUCUCUACAUGAUGAAGACCACACUGGCCUUGUUCGAGUUCACUGACAAACGUCUAGAGAUGCUGGAGUUCCAGAUUGAGGCCCACUUGGACACGCUGAUCAACGAACAGGCGUCUUACGUACUGACUCGAGCAGGACUCGGAUACAUCUACAGCUGUGUGCAGCAGCACAGCACCGAGCAGGGUCCUCUGUCCAACUUCCCCAGUAUGGACCCGUCAUCUCUAAAAGCAGCUAUGGUCCAGUUUGAUGGUUACUUGGCCUCUCCUGAUAGCUUCAUCAUGACGCAGCUGAACUUCCUGCUCAGUGCAGCCAUCAGAGAGCAGAUCUUCAGGCAGUCCACCGAGCUGGUGUGUCGUGCGUAUGGAGAAGUGUACAGGGCUGUAACUGACGCCACCAACGGCUACCAACAGCCUGAGACUGUGUUACAUCGAUCCCCUCAGCAGGUCCAAAGCCUGCUGUCCUGAGUCUGUAGUGCACACACACAGACACAUUCCCAGCUGUGACAUCCAACGACUCGGGUAAUGAACACUGGCUGGACCGCAGCACUCCACAACUGGACUGUAUGUAUGUGUGUGCACGUGUGUGUGUGCAUAUGUGCGUGUGCAUGCGUUUGUGUGGGGUAUGUGUGUGUGUGUGUGGGGGGUGUGUGUGUGUGUGUGUGCGUGUGCGUGGGGGGGGGUGUAUCCUUCUCUUCUGCUCCCACACUGUUGUGGAGAAAAGACUGUUUGAGGAACAACAGCUCGCACUCUGGAAAAAAA